UCACUUUUGAUGAAUGUGGAAACCUGGUUGCGGGAGGGGUGUCUGCGGUUUUGUGGAAGUAUUCGUUACAUGUUGAGACGAGGCUUAAUCUUCUCCGUUUGUAGGAUCGACUGAAGUGGCUUUUAGUUCCUUAUGUUGGCUGACCUUAUUCACUACAUAAAAUAAUAAAACACGGAGAAAUUGUGCAAAUGCUAGAUACUAACUAUAUAAAGAAAACUAAAUGAUCUAAUUUAUAUGAUUGUGUGCUCUAGGCUGAAGAAAGCUGAUGAUGAAUUAACUGUAAUGCGAUGGGAAAUAGAUGGUAAUCAGUACUGUAGCCAGAGUCCGAAUAAAAGUAUUUGCAUUUGAGUCAUAGAUUCCUACCUUCUGUGUAUUUAGGUUUGUAAAUGGAAAGUGCACUAUGGUAUUGGAUUUUCUUACGAAGUAACAACCUCUAUUAGAUAGGGUGCAUACAUUUGGAAAAUCUGUUUUUGUUUUGUUUUGUUUCUUGUGUGUGUAUUGUAUUGCUUCAAGAUGGGAAUAGUUCCGACAGCUAGGCAGAUGAUAAAUCAAUGCUUCAGAAAUUUCUCCGUUUCAACUGCAGAAAUAAGUAAAUAUUUGCUUCUAGCACCGUGCAAAGAAAAUUUUUGCAGAAGCGUUAUAACUCUACACAAACGUUUUAUGAAAUACCAUUCAAAUAAGUUUGGGCACCUACCGAAACUGUCCCCGCAAGAGGUGACCAAUAUCCUGCGUGAAAAUGAAUAUUCCCAAGAGUUUAACAGUCCUGGUUCAGUUAAAUCUUAUGAUUCCAACCAGCUUGCUUCAAAUAACCCAACAGAAGAUGCCAGAUCAGAAGCAUGCUGCUUAAUGACAACAGGAAUGCUAGUAGGAGUUUUUGAUGGUCAUGGUGGACCAUCUUGUGCUCAGGUUGUUGCCAAACGACUUCUUCAUUAUAUAGCUGCUUGUCUACUUCCACCAGAUGAUCUACAGAGGUACCUACAGUCACUGGGGAAUGAUGAAUGUAUCAAAUUAUUAGAAGACUAUAAUGAUAAAGUAGUGUUAACAGAAGAAUUGAGUGAAUUAUACAAAAACAGUUUUUUAACUUUUGUUAAAGAGCUUUCUAGCACAAAAACAUCUCAUAUGGAUUUUCAUAUGAAAGAAGCCAUGGAAAGAGCUUUUUUGAGACUAGAUGAAGAUAUAUCUCGUGAAGCAUUACAGGAUCAGAGUGGCAGGAUUAAUAUAGAAACAUUAACAGUUGCCAUGUCUGGAGCAGUUGCAUGUGUAGCUCAUAUAGAUGGACCACAUUUGCAUAUAGCAAGUGCUGGUGACUGUGUUGGUGUCAUAGGUGUGUUAAAUGAUGGUGGUACAUGGGUAGCUAAGAAGUUGACUACAGAACAUAAUUCUGAUAACAGAAGUGAAGUUGAGAGGAUACUGAAAGAGCACCCACCAAAUGAAAGAGAUACUGUCAUAAAAAUGGAACGACUCUUAGGCCAGUUAGCUCCUCUGAGAGCUCUGGGUGAUUUCAGAUACAAAUGGAGCAGGGAUAUUCUCAAUCAUAUUGUCAAACCAUACUUUGGAGAAAAUUCUUUAGCUCCUCAUUAUUACACUCCACCGUAUCUCACAGCUUGUCCAGAUGUCACUCAUUAUCGGCUUACACCAAGAGACAAAUUUCUUGUUAUUGCUUCAGACGGACUUUGGGAUUUAGUGUCACCAUUGCAAGUUGUGAGACUUGUAGGUGAACAUAUGAGUGGCAAAGUGACUUUAAGUCCCUUUCGGUUACCUAGAAAAAAUAUGCGUAUAUCUGAAAUAAAUAAAAUGUUACUUCAGCGUAAGGAAGGCCUGAAGAAAAAACCUAUUGAUACAAAUGCUGCUACUCAUUUACUUAGAAAUGCUUUAGGUGGAACUGAAUAUGGUAUUGAUCACGGUAAACUUUCACAACUACUUAGCAUGCCAGAAGGAAUUGUGAGGUUAUUUCGUGACGACAUCACAAUCUCAGUAAUUUACUUUGAUUCUGAAUAUCUGAGGCACUGCCCUCCAUGAAACUGGGUAUCUUUAUAUGCAAGUGACGGUGACCGCAGGUACUUUAAAACAAAAUAAAUAGCUCCGUGUAAUUAUGUAUGUAACAUUAUAUAUAUAUAUUUAUUUAUUUUCUGUUAGAUGAGGCAUUUACUGAUUUAAUUUAUACAAUGUACAGAUCAAAGUGUUAUAGCAAUACAAUAUAAAUAUCUCAUUACCAAAGUUUAGUACUUUAACUUACAUCUUUCAUAAUAUACAAGCUUCUGACAAGCAUGUUGAAGUGUCUUUCUGAUAUCAGCACAAUGAGCGGCUACAUCACGAUAUUGAGUCGUACGAAAUAAAAUUAUUUCUUUCAAAAAUACUCUAAUUUAUGCCGUGUGGAACAGUAUGUAUUGGCAUUACUGGCUCUGUGGUACUUUUAACAGUCUUACACAAUUUAAAUGGACAAGCAGGUAACAUGCAUACAAAUUUAUUUACUGUCAUUCCUGUGGUUUUACACACUGCUCUUUCCUUGUCAGCAAUAUUACUGUAAAACAACUAAACAACAAAAAUUAUCACCCUUGUGGAAUAUUGAUUCCUGGCAACAUGUAAGAGUGAAUUCUGCUCUAAUAACAAGAGCAGUAAAAACUUACAUUAAAGCUGAGAUGAACGGAAGCAGAGAUGGAGAUGUACAACACCCCACUCUUAAAGCAAUUUAUAUACUGAAUCUAUUAGCCAUAUGACUGUACAAGUUUUUAUUCCGUGAAUGGAGUCAUACAACAUUAAAGUUACACGUAAAUAAACAUAAAAACAUUCACACACUAAAGAACAUGGUUUGCUAUAUUUCAGCUCACACUUAGAUCUUUGUUAUGUACAUCACAAUAUAAGACAAAAAUUGCCUAAAAGGGUUAAAUGAAAGACCGGUAUAAAAUAUCCAUAAAAAUUAACUUUUAGGAAGUGGACAUAAAAAAAUGAAACUGAAGUUAAACACAUGAAAUUUUCUGUAUUUAUUACAGCAAGUUCGCUCUAACCUGGAAUUCAUCAUUGAUGCAGUUUUGUGGAUUCCUCUUCUCUCCCAGGAAAGGAAGAAAAUAUCA